UAGUUUCUCCAGUGUGUCGGUACUUCAGAAUCGCAGAUUUUCGGCAACCUUCGGCAAAACACGGAAGUGUCAAAAAUCGGGUCUGCUUUUCCCAAGCAAAGCAGAAGCAAAGGGGAAGAGCUCCGUCAUAUGAUGACAUGUAGUGAUGUGGAGCAGUAUUUCCUUCCGAUGGCCGUCGUUGGACUAAAGUGAAAUCGAUUGACUGAUCUGAUUACCAUCGUUUCGUCGCGGUAAGAUGAGUUGUUUAUCAGUCUUCAGCCUCGGCUGCACUUUUAUGUUUGCUAGGUAGCGUUAGCUGCUGAGAUGCUAACCAGUCAGCUACAAGCUAGCGCCAGUUCACAGAGGAGAGGCAAGGGGUCUCGACAGACACGCAUUUUUACACUUAAGUUGGUUGUGCAACAGUAUUGAUGUCAGUUUGGUCUGCAAUUGCCGAAAACAUGUAUUCUUUGCUUGUUCUCAGCGUUGGCAGGUUUUAAUGCUGUCAUCUUUCUCUCCCUCCCUCCCUGCGGUUAGAGAGGCGGGGCUUCAUCUUUCCAGCCACGCACACUGAGAUGUUUGCCUUGUCUUUACAGCCAUGGAGAGAUUAGAGUCUACAUCAGAGCUCCAGUCACGGCUGUCAUCCCUGUCCUUCUCUUCUUUUCCUGGAAUAACAUCCAAUCAGUGUGACAAUCGACCUCUGGACAGGUGAGGUACCCCGAUUCUGCUCAUCAUGAGGACCUUAAGUUAAAUUUACUGAUCUUUCACUGUACUACUGCUAUUGUUUUACAGACUCCAGAAUACAGACCUUUCACAGUGCUGUGCUCAAACAAUAAAUCAAGCUGCUAUGGAGGAAAACAAGGAGGAUUCAGGAUUGUGUACCAGGGUAGGUAAUAUCUGAGUAUGCCUGGACAGCUGUCAGUGGUUGUCAAUAAAAAGGCAAUAUAAAGUGACUUCUCAGCUGUAAUAUUUGUCUGGUGUGUGUGCAUUUUAAGGGUAAUGAUGAGGCCCCAGCUGAGCCAUCCCCUGGGGAAGGAAGCAAGGAGAACAACAGCUCUGGGAGCUGUCAGCUCUCUGCUGAGAUAAAAGGUGAGGGCCUGUUGAGUGUGCCAUCAUGACUGCUGCUUUGUUUUAUCUAUGAUUACAAAUCAGAGGAUUCAUAAAUCUAUGAGGAGUGUGUUCAAACUGUGGUAAAGGCAUUAAAGACAUUAAUUCAACUGUUUUAUAAGGCUCAUGUCAGCUAGAUGUAAGAUUUUGAAAGUCUUCUUGCCAUUUGUUCCUCCUGAUGGCAGCCCAGAUGCCGCCCCUGAAACCCCCGUCAACUUGGACAUCUGCUGCUGUGAAGGAGCUGAAGGCAAAGCUUCGCACAGAAGAGGACAGCAUGGUGACAGUUUACCGAGGUGACAUCAUGACAGUGCACGUGCCCACUGUGCCUGAGGCCAAAAAAGUGUGCUGGGAGUUUGCUACAGAUGGUUUUGACAUUGGCUUUGGUAUAUAUUUUGACUGGACUCCCGUGACGAGCCGGUCUAUCACUGUACACAUCAGCGAGUCAAGUGAUGAUGAAGAAGAGGAGGAGGAGCUCGAAGGUCAGUGUUUGCAAUCCAAACUCACACUUGGGCUUACUUUGAAUCUGAUUCUACUCUGGAUGUCUCAGUCACUCAACUUUUCUAUUAAACAUGUUGGUCUGUCUGCUGGAACAAAGCAUACCUUAAUCCUGUUUUAAUGUGUUUUCCUCCAGCUAGGAUCUAAGCCACUGUGUUGACUUUGUGUUUUAUAUGCUUUCUAUUGCAGGGCCUGUCAGCAACGGAGACAUUGAGAAGGGCUCUAAAAGUCAGUCCAACUCAAACUUGGGGGAAAUCAUACCUGUGUACCGCCAAGACAGCCACCUGGCUGUUCAUGGGGGGAGCCAUGAGUUUCCAGGUGAAGGCACAUACCUCCUGAAGUUUGACAACUCCUACUCACUAUGGCGAAACAAAACUCUGUACUACAGAGUUUACUACAGUGCCUGAGAUGCCAAAUUUUUGUUUAUGAAUGUAUACUUUACAGACAAAUACUACUCUUUAGAAUGAUGAACUAUUUUUGAUUCCAUGCUUGGAAAAAGAUGAAGUUAUAAUAUAAAAGGUUUAAAUAUAGGCAUAUCUAUUUUUAUCACGAUCAGCUUGUGUUGCCACAUGGUGAAUUUCCAUCAAUGGUCGGAUAGUUUAAAUGCAAAAUUUGCUUCAGUGUCUUGCUGAUAGCUUUUUGAAAAAGCCUUGCAUAUGUGCCAUGUCCCCAUGUCUGCACUGUGCUAUUUGGUGAAGUGCCCAUCAUAAAACAUGAACUGUCUUCAAGCCUAACAUUUCUAUGGUAGCAGUGAUCAGGGAACACCUGCACAGGAUAUUUUUCACCCCGCCAGGUGCUUAAUAAGUAGUGCUCUAAAGAAAUGAGGAUUUUCUGUCACAUUUGUGUUUGUGUGCACCUUCUAAGAUUAUGUUGCUUUGUUGUUGUUUCCUGUAUUUAUCCCUCUGCUUUGUAGCAUAACUUAUUUUUUAUGUGUGAAAUUAAACUAUGUGACAAAGAAGGAUAUGAAUAUGUAUUUCUGUGCACAAAAUUGUCUUCUGUCUUAGUGGUGUGUUGCUAAGUGUUAUAAGCUGAAUGUACUGAGGCAGUUUUCCAAAGUGUGCUUUUUUAUGACAACUAAAAGUCAACCCUUAUCACUUAUUAUGUAAUACAGGUUCAAUAUUUACACUUCACUCACUCCACGUUUAAUUUGCAGUUUCAGAUGCAGGGAGCAGAUGCAAUAUUUCAUCUUAAUGUAUUUGAUGUCAGGUCUGCGCAGCUAAAUGUCAGUGUGUUUGUUUUUGAGUUUUGUCGAUGCUUUCGGCAUGUGUUUAAAGUCCUUGUUCUGUCAUAUUUCCAAAACCAUUCCUACUAAAUCCUCUUGUGCGCAUGUUCCCAAAGAUGUCAUGGUUUUGGCUGCGCAUGCUUUAUACAACAUAGAGCAAGUGUUUUUAAGUUUUCUGUUGCUGCACUGUGUCCUCACUGUAAGUUAUGAAGACAUUUCUUCUUUAAAUUUAUAUUCCACAAUAAAGAGCAGAUUGUAUAGUUUU